GGAGGGAAAAAUGGUCGGAGCAUCUCUUGGGCAAAUUGGACAUUAAAGCUGAACUAUAUUGUUUUGUUCAAUUGGCGUUUGAGUGCGAACUUAAGCGCGGCACUUAGCGCUGGUGCAUAAAAAAAUCUAAUAAUUGCUUGAAUUAACAGAAAAGUGUUUAAAUUUCGUCCGGCAUUAAAAAGACAAUUUUGAUGUCAUUUUAUCCUGAUGUGUAUUUAACAAAAAAGUGUGCUUUUUUUCUCUCUGUGGAAAAUCGUGGUGUAUAUCAAACAUUUGUGGACACAGAGUCAAUUGUGGGGACUUUUUGCCUCCGCGACAGUGUGUACAUUUUGCAGUGAAGAUCACAACUGCUGAAUCUCUUAUUUCUAAUGCAGCAAAAUAAGAUAUUCCCGACAGUUUCCUUUGCGGGGUGACGCGCGUGAAAAGUCAUUGGACAAUUUGGCGAUUUCGCACGACCAUCUGGCGCGCGAUGGUCUCAAUGGUCGCGAUAAUAGUGUGAUGAUUGUGGGAAAAUAGGUGCUUUUUCACACGACACCCGCGCACUUUGUGUGGUAUUUAUAAAAGAAAAUAUUUGACAAACUUGUACUAAUUAAUUACUGUGUGCUUAAAUACAUUUUGUGGUGCUUCAUGUUGCCAUUACCACUUCGGGCACAUUAACAGUUUUGCUAAUCAAGUCCUAAUCGCCUUUAUUAUGUGAUUUAUAAACAUUGCCAUAGCAAAUCCUCCCGCUUGCGGCCAUUCGUGUGAUCAAUCAACUCUCAAUCUGCACGAAGGGAUAACCUCUUGGCUCCUCCUGUGCCAAGUAGACAUCGAGAAGUCCUCGCAGAAGCAAUAAAACCAAUAGCGUAUCACAUUUUUUUCAUCCCUCAGCCGGGCCCACUUGAGUUGGAGGAAUGGCCACAUCACAUAUUUUAUCUGCAAUUGAGCCCCUCAAUGGCGCGAACGGGGGUGCAAGCUCCAGCUCCGGUGGAUCACACAGCAAUCGCAGUCCGGAUAUCGAGCGCAACUUGAACGUGACUCUGGACGACCGAGAAUUGUGGCUGCGAUUCCAAAAUCUUACUAAUGAAAUGAUUGUCACGAAGAAUGGGAGGCGCAUGUUUCCCGUUGUUAAGGUGACUGCAACUGGACUCGAUCCGGCUUUUAUGUACACAAUACUCUUGGAAUUCGUGCAGAUCGACAAUCAUCGCUGGAAGUACGUGAAUGGCGAAUGGGUGCCCGGCGGAAAAGCAGAAGCACCACCCUCCAAUCCCAUUUACGUGCACCCCGAGUCGCCCAACUUUGGGGCUCACUGGAUGAAAGAGCCCAUUUCAUUUGCUAAAGUGAAGCUAACCAACAAAACCAAUGGCUCUGGACAGAACUCAUUGCAGAUAAUGUUGAACUCCCUCCACAAGUACGAGCCGCGAGUGCACCUAGUCCGAGUAGGCUCUGAGCAGCGUCGCGUCGUGACGUACCCUUUCCCAGAGACGCAAUUCAUCGCGGUGACUGCUUAUCAGAACGAAGAAGUGACGUCGCUCAAGAUCAAAUACAAUCCCUUCGCGAAGGCCUUCCUGGACGCCAAGGAGCGCCCAGAUGUGGUGUACUCUCGGGAGAACACCACCUAUGGCUGGUUCCUGCCGCACGGAUCCUACACGAGUCCGCAGACUCCGAUCGCCACGUGUGAGCGAUACACGGGCAGAAGCAGUCGAAAUGCCCCGUACACAACCCAGCGACCCAGAUCCAUCACUAACAGCACUUCAUCGCCACCGCCGCCGCCGCCUCCAGUUUCAGUUGACAACACUCCGGCGGUUUUCCCGGCGUAUCCAACGAGUUGGCCAUCAACAAGUACACCCUCUUACUGGAAUCCCGGGAAUCCCAGCAGCCCCAUAGCAGUUGCUGUUUCUCAGGCCACUUCGCCCACGCCGUCGGGCGGCUCGCCAGGCUAUGUAUCAUCGCCAGGCAGCUACACCACCCAUCACCUCACGCCCCACAAUCAAUACAUCGGCGCGUCGCCCGCCGACGGCUAUCAGCCGGCCGGAGGCUCGCCGACGCCCCUGUACACUUCCUCGUACCAAGUGUACCACCCAACGCCGGCCGUGUCGCCGUCUCACCAGCUCUACGGGAAUGUCCUCAACGCUCCGACCAUCACCAAUCUCGGCUACUCCUCCACUUGGCACAGCGGGGGCGAUUAUGGCGUCUUCCAGAACUCCUACCACUACCAAGCGCCCGAGUAUGUGCCUCUAAUUGGGGAGCUAGAGACGUACCAGCCACCGCCCAGCGAUGCUACUCCAGAAACACCCAAGGAAGAGCCACCAAUUUAUGGCGGAGGAAACCAUCACGCGAGUGCAGAGUCUGUCUUGCAGCUCAAAUGCGAGAACCACUCACCAGAGAGCGGAAAGACCGAUUUGGCCACAGCCAGCUCCACCACUGGAAAUCAGGUCCCCACAUCCAGCAGCAGCUGGACCCCUCUCACGCCCCCCCAGUCCCACAUAUGAGACUGCCGUCGUAAGCGCAUUAUAGAAAUCAAUUCUCAAAUGGAAGUGUCUUCAGUACACAAUCUGUGUUGGACGCUGAGGAUGCAAAGACCCCUAGAAAUCCUCCCUCAUCAGCAGCAUUGCACGAACGUCCAAGCGCGCCGUGACAUUAUAGAGCAAAGAUAGAUGGAGAAAGUUGUACCAAUAUUGCAUAUUUGUUUAAUGAAAUGAUAUUUAGUAAAUGCCGUAAUGCAGAAUCUGUCACAAAGUUCAAUUUGAUUGCAUGAUGAUAAUUUCAGGGGAGGCAUUUCAAAUUGAAUGCCCUCUUUGAACUCUUUCACAGUACUUUUUUUCACA